CCAUGGCCUUCUGUGCUCAGAAGCUACCCUUGGGCACCCAAAUACCCCUCUCCGGUUCCGCCCGCCAUCGCCGCUCCGCUUCCACCUCCGCCGACGCCGACGCCGCCGCGGCAGCCCCGGUGUCCGCCGCCCAUCACCCCGAAUGCGUCCUCUCAUCCGCCAAAACCCCAUCGCCCAAAUCCCCCACCAACUCGACCCGCAAGAAAACCCUAGCGGCGGCGGCGGUUGGGGCUGGGGAGGCUUCCGCGGGGGCGAUGGCGGAGGCUUCUGGUCUCAGAUAUUCUCUCCCCUCACGGCGAUCACGAGGGAGGAGGAGCCCGCGGCCGGCGGCGGCCCGGAAUGGGACUCACACGGCCUGCCGGCCAACAUUGUUGUCCAGCUGAGCAAGCUGAGCGGGUUCAAGCGUUACAAGAUCUCGGAGAUCCUCUUCUUCGAUCGUCGUCGGGCCACCACCGUCGCCGGCACCGAGGACUCCUUCUUCGAGAUGGUCUCCCUCCGCCCCGGCGGCGUCUACACCAAGGCCCAGCUCCAGAAGGAGCUCGAAACCCUAGCCUCCUGCGGCAUGUUCGAGAAGGUCGAUCUCGAGAGCAAGACCAAGCCGGAUGGCACCCUCGCCCUCACCGUGUCCUUCAUUGAGAGCACCUGGCAGUCGGCCGAUGCCUUCCGGUGCAUCAACGUCGGGCUGAUGCCCCAGACGAAGAAGAUGGAGAUGGAUCCCGACAUGACCGAUAGGGAGAAGCUGGAGUACUUUCAGAGCCAGGAGAGGGACUACCGGAGGAGUCGAACGGUCCAAGCCGUGCCUGCUGCCCUUCCCGGUGCAGCGGGAGGUGCUACAGAUGCUUCGGGAGCAGGGGAAGGUCAGCGCGAGGCUGCUGCAGAGGAUCCGGGACCGGGUCCAGAAGUGGUACCACGAUGAGGGGUAUGCUUGCGCCCAGGUCGUCAAUUUCGGCAAUCUGAACACGAGGGAGGUGGUGUGUGAGGUCGUCGAGGGGGAUAUCACACAGCUGGUUGUCCAGUUUCAGGAUAAGCUCGGGAAUGUCUGCGAAGGGAAUACCCAGCUUGCUGUUGUUCAUCGGGAGCUGCCCAAACAGAUAUGGUGCUAUUUGUGUACGUAUGAGAGUGGUUUUGUGAGGAGGGGUUUAUGUAUUCAACUGGUGGUACAAAUACUCGUUGAUAUGUAUUCUCAUUUAUAUUACGUAGGUUAUUUAGAGAUUUGGACCAAAUUAAGCGAAAUGUCAUUGUGAACUUAUACUUGAAUUUUAGUUUAUUAUUUUUCACAUGUGGUUAUUGAUUGUGUAUUCUUUUUUGCUUUCUCAGAUACAUGGUGGAGUUAUGAGCAUGUGAAAUCUAGUUUCUAGUACAUGGAUAGCUUUUGUUCAGAUGAUCAUGAUGGAGUUGUCUACAAGCAGAAUCCAGUUUUUGGUAUAAGAAUAUUUUUAUCUACAUGAUGGUUGUUUGGAUGAAUAGCAAGAUCAGAUAUUUUGGAAUUUUAAUUUACAUUUUGAUGUGUUUGGUGAUGAUUAUCACCUUAACAUAUGGUAUGGAUGAAACAUUUUGAUGUAUGGUUAAUAUAUAGGUAUGCUUGACUUUAGACUUUUAGAUGAUGAUAUUUAUAAUGAAUGAUUAUGGAUUCUCCAA